UUUAUUAUCCAACAUCACUGCCAAAAGUAACUGGGGACAGCGAGGACACCCUAGAGUGGGACGAGGAGCUACGCAGAUAGCUUUCAUAUGCCUCAGUAACACGACUGCAGAACUGAGUAUACGAUCAUUUACAGCCUGCAUUGUCAAGAUAUCAAGGACGAAUCAACCCGACGUUGGUAAUGAAAUGUUCCUCAGACAGAAUAAAUCCUUUCGUCAUUCAACACGAUGUGCUAUUCAUUUCCUGCGACUGCAGUGGAUUUGAUAGAGCAGUGGUGUGCCAUUCCCGGACUAGUGGUACAGUUUAAUCCCUAUUUUGGCAUCUGUCGUACACAAGAUGAGCCGCUUACGGUACAAAGCAGCGACUGUCAGAUGGAACUUUUCUGUCGCGCGCUGUGACCAGCAGCCACGCAUCUGUCGCGUGCGUUUGUUGCUGCUGUGUUUGUGCCUGCUGGUGGCAAUGACAUUAACACUGGCAUUAUUACUAUCGAACCACCAACCGAUGGAGUAUGACCUCCCCAGACCUCCCGACCUGUUCAAAGACAAGCAGAAUCACCAGCCAGGUAACCCCACAGUUGGCCAGGUGAAGCGGCUCGUCUCUCAGGUGAAUUGGGGAAGACUGCGGUAUUCCCAUCUGCGACCCAUUCUCAUUGAGCGACAGCCAGGAAGUCGUGGGAGUCGGGCUGUUCGAAAACACAUCUUUUCUCAACUGGAUUCUCUUUCAGCGGGCUGGUCUAUAGAUGUGGACUCCUUCAUAUCUGAAACCCCUCGUGGUCCUGUUAGCUUCUCUAAUGUCCUGGCUGUUUUAGACCCGACGGCUCCUCGACGAUUGCUUUUUGCUUGUCAUUAUGACUCCAAAUUUAUACCAACAAAUCCAAGUGACCCACAGAAGGUGUUUGUGGGUGCUAGUGAUUCAGCUGUUCCCUGUGCUAUGAUGCUGGAACUGGUCACAGCUUUGGAUCCACACCUCAAAAAGCACAAGCAGAUGAUGUCCAGGGUAACCCUGCAGUUGGUCUUCUUUGAUGGAGGAGAGGCUUUCGAUCAGUGGUCUCAGACAGACUCCCUAUAUGGUUCACGGCACCUCGCAGACUACAUGUCCCGCACUCCUCACCCGCCGGGUUCUCAACAAACCACACUGCUGAACGCUGUGGUGAGACAAGAUGCUUGUGAUCUCCUUGUUCUUUUGGACCUUAUCGGUUCCCCUGAUCCCAUGUUUGUGAAUCACUUUGAGAACACAGCUCGCUGGUUUGACCGCCUUAUCGCUGCUGAGAAAAGACUUCAUAAUUUAGGGCUCCUUACUUCUCAUGCCAAAGAGCAGAGCUAUUUCAUUAAGGAUUUGAACAUGGGGCCGGUUGAAGAUGAUCAUCUUCCUUUCCUUCAGAGAGGAGUUCCAGUGCUGCACAUGAUUGCUACGCCGUUCCCUUCCUUCCUGCACACGAUGGAGGACACCGCAGAAAAGGUUCACAGUCCCACCGUGGACAAUCUCACCAAAGUCCUCGUGGUCUUUCUGGCGGAAUAUCUGCGGCUCUAGGAUGCUAUAAUAUUACAUCCAACCACAUCCGUCGUGAAUCAGUCUAUACCUCAGCUGCACUGCUUUAGGAUAUCUGAUAUCACUGUACUCAGAGAUGCAUAACAUACUGUAUAUUCUCAGGCUGCCGUCCUAUAUUCUGACAUAUGCUUACCAUUGAAGUUUCUGCCAAGUUAAUCAAUCGGUAUUGUGCCUUCAGAUAGUUUUGCUAUCUAGUAAUGCACUGUAUAGACACAAUUAUAUUAUUAUCUGUGCCAAAAAAAUGCGGUUUACAAAAUUUGAUUUAUAUGUUCAAUAACUGUGCAAUAAAAUCAAUAGACUGCAAAGUAGAUACUUCAAGCUCAGGAAUGGAUGUGAACCUGAUGCUAUAUGAGAAAGUAUUACACUAUGCACUACAAUGAAGCUUGAUAAUGCUACAAAAAUUCUGGUGAACUAUAUAUAUUUAGUCUUGCAAUAAUUUUCUCAGAUGAGCAGUCUAUAAUCUCUCAAUUUUCAAUACAUGUUAGUCUAGAUUAUUUAAUUUUAUAACAGAGAUUGAAACUCAAAUAUUGACUUGAGGCUUGAGAUGGCAAGCAAUUGACUUGAGACUUGACUUGUACUCUAAAUUAGAGACACUUCAGAUCUACAACUUUUUUCUUGGAAUAAUGCAAAAAAAAAAUAAUAAAAGGGAAUAUUUAAUUUAGUGGGCAUUUACAGUAAGGAAAACAUAUCCAAUCUCUUAUGAUCAAUAAAGUACAGUAAAUGGUAUA